AUGCUGUCACCUUUCGCGGCCCUGCUGGCUGCACUCACGCUCCUUUCCAGCUCUGCGGACGCUUACGAGCCAGCCUACAUCUCCCUCUCGCAGCUCGACUCGUUACUCGAAGACUCACGAGCACGACAUGCGCAACGACUAAACGCGUACGAGACGAAUCGCGCGAGUCGGCCUGAGACGAUGGAGCGCGCGAGGAAGACGAGGGUCUUGGCGGUCAGGUUGGAAGAGGCGGACGGGCGCGGGCGGGUGAGGGAGAGGCGCGAGGUGGGCGAGAAGGUAUUGAUGGAGAGGCAGAGCGCGGGAGGGGAUCAGAGGAAGGGUGUUGUCGAGACGCAGGACUUUUUCAGUCAGCCCCUAGAUGUCAUGAUUUAUGCCCCCAUAUCUAUCGGCACACCCUCACAAACGUUCAACACACUACUCGACACCGGCUCGGCCGACCUCUGGGUCUACGAUACCACGACUGGUUCGACGCAGCCUGAAUGGGACGCGAGCAAGAGUUCGACGGCCGUAACCAGCCCGCAGAUUCCGUGGAGCAUCAAGUACGGCAAAGGCUCGCAGUCUGGCUUUCUUAACCAAGACACCGUCUCGCUCGGUGGUUACACCGUCAACGACACGAUAUUUGCGGCUGCCGACACGCUCAACGACGCGUUCACGUACUACCCUAUUUCUGGGUUGUUCGGACUUGGAUUUGGCGCGAUUAGCGCGAGCGGCUACGCCCCGUGGUUCGAGCGCCUCCUCAACUCGGGCGCGCUCGCCCAACCUUACUUCUCGCUCUUCCUCGUCCGCGCCUCGGACCUUACCAACGAAGCCGAAGGCAGCAUCGGCGGCGGCCAGAUGUGUAUUGGCUGCAUCGACAGCUCCAAGUUCACGGGGGACAUUAACUGGAACCGUGUGCUGAGCGACGGAUUCUGGUCGGUCGCGAUGGACGGCAUCGAGACGAAUGGCGAGAUCGUUCCCGGUACCGCAACUCGCGCAGCCAUCGACUCCGGCACUACACUCAUCCAGCUCCCUCCCUCCGCCGCCGACGCGUUCUACUCCUCCAUCCCCGGCGCACAACUCGCCAACACGACUUCGAGCGGACUGUACAUCAUCCCCUGCACGACGACGUUCUCGUCCCUCGCGCUCGUGUUCAACGGUACGAGAUACGAGAUCCCGCCGCAGGAUCUGUUGAGGGCUAUCAACAGGGAUGGGACAGAGUGUGUGUUGACGAUCGCGGCGAGUAGUGCGAAGGAUGUCGAUGGGAGCGAGCUGGCCAUCGUUGGCGACGUCUUCCUCAAGAACGCCUACUCCAUAUUCUCCUACUCGUACAACGGAUCGCCAGCCGUCGGUUUCGCUCGUUCCACUAUCGCCGGCUCCUGGUCAACCACUUCGUCCUCCGCCAACGGGUCCAGCUCGAACUCGAGCGGUGCGGCGUCGUUCUCGCAGCCUAGCAGGACGGGCAGCAUCAGUCUCUCGGGCGCACCGGUACCGACUGUGGGGAGUGCGACGGGCACGAGGGAGUCGGCUAUCACGACGGGCGUGCUGGGCGGAGGGUUGACGAGCAGCUCGAGCGGCGGCUCGACGCCUACACGAGUUGCCAGCGGUUCAAACGCCUCGCCAACUUCGUCACCCACCUCCUUCGCUCCCUCAAGCCCUCUCCCUUAUACUCUUACACUUAUCAGCACUAUCAUAAGCGUGGCGGUGGCGCGGAUUCUCGUAUAA